AUGACGGUGAUGCUGCUGCAACGUUCACUCACCCCGCAGUCGACGCACAGCCAAAAGACAGCGACAAAGGACUGCAGUGCGAAGCCGCCUUUCCUCUUUCUGUUGGACGACUGUCAGGAGCAUCGGCACUCUACCGACACCGACACCACGACUACUACAAACAACAAUAAUAACAAUCAUAAUAACAAUAACAACAACAAUAACGUCUUCAAGAGAGGCGUACGGAAAAGCAGCAGCUGCGACCACGUCGCCAACGAGGCGCCGUCGUCGGUGACGUCUCAACGACUCGCCGACGGUGGUGAGGACGUCGCGAUGCGAUAUUACCGCCUCUGGAUUUACGCCUGUAACCUGGUGCUCUUCGGUAGCGCGGUCGGCUUCACAGCCGCGGUGUCGCAAACCCUCCUGUUCACUGGCGACCCGCGUCGGCACGUGGUGCCAGGUGUGCCACGCGCCUUUGACUUCACCACACUUUACGCGUACGUCGCCUUGGCGGCACAACUCGGUCUAGUGCAGCUGCUCGGCUGCAUCGCCGCCAGACGGCUCAGCGUUCGUCUGCUCAACGCCUACUGGAUAGUGCUGUUGGCGUUGCUCUUCGGCGACAUUAUUAUCGGCGUCGCGUGGAUCUUUCGCUUUGACAAGCUGCGCGCCGAGAUCAAGCCUACGCUCAAGCUGCGCUUGCAGGUGGAUUACGGUAAGGAGCCGCGGUUCAGUGAGCAAUGGGAUCGACUGCAGCGGGAGUUUAUGUGCUGCGGCGUAACCGGGCCCCGGGACUUCGGUGCACGCUGGCCGCAGACCUGCUGCAGCCCAAGUAUGAAUGCCAGCGAGCCUUGCCCGCACCCGUACGGCCGUGGCUGCGAGGAAUCGUUGGCACGCUGGCUCAGGAAGACCGCGGACUUGCUGCUCGUGCUGGGCUUCUGCGUAAUCGCUUUCGCCAAGCUCUGCUUCCUCGGCAUACUGCGCUACGAGAUACGGGAGAUGAUACAAAAGAUAAGAAUGCUGCGGGAGCCACCGCCGCCGGCCGCGACCUUCGCCCAGCCGCCGUUCUCGCAGGUCUUACCGGCGGAGGCGACGGCCAACAAUGGCAGCAUCGUCAGACGUACGACCCUGCCUAAUACGGUCACACCUUCCGGCAACGCGUCGCUGUUGCUGCAGUCGGAUGAAUGCAACGCCGGCCGGCACCCGUUGCUCGCGAACAAUCUGCAGGACGGCGGCGCCGACAGCGACACGAACAGCCACUGCGCCCUCAUACUUGAGGAGACGACGCCGACUUCGGCGAACCACAAUUGCACAGCGACAGCGAGCCGCGAGAAGAGCAACGGCAACAACAACUACGAGAUGCGUGAGUUCAACCGCAGAUUGCUGCUGUCGAAUGGCGCGAGUCCGGCUACGGGUAUCACCGCGGGCGGUCAAAGCAGACGCACCUGACUAUGGAGAUGGUGGCGAAGCACCUCGAACCGUUUCCUGUACAGGAGUAACCGGCGCGCCGACAUACCGCUAUACAAAUAAGGCGAUAACCAGACGUUACCAGACUUCCUAUCAGGUGUUUCGGUUUCUUUUCUAAGAGAAUAAUGAUACAAAAGAGGAGAGAGA